AUGUAUAUUUCUAAGGAAUUCUAAAAGUACAAGAUAGCUUCAAUUUAGUACUGUUAUGGAAUUUUAGGAUUCAACAAUAAAUUAAGAUUAAUUGGGUUGGAAAAGUCAGAAAAAAUCAAAUGUGCUUUAUUAUCGCAGAAUAAAAAAAAAGAUGUAAUAGCUAACGAUGAAAAUAUUCCAUUAUAUCCCGAGUAAAAUAAAGAAUAAAACAAUGAAACUAGAUAAAGGAAGAGAAAAUAAGUGGUAGAAUAUCAUUUAAAAGUAAAAAACAACAUGAACAGAUUAUAAUCAGAGAUUUUCAAUCAUAUGAAUAGAUUAGAAGGAACUUUAGAAAAUUAUGAUUUAGGAAUUUAGAAAAACCCAAAAAAUUCUAAUUAUUACAACAAUAAAGCUAAUGUUUUAGAAAAAAUGAACAGAUUAGAAGAGGCUUUAGAAAACUAUAAUUUAGCAAUUUAGAAAAACCCAGAAAAUUCUCCCUAUUACAACAACAAAGGUAUAAUUUCAUAUAUGGAAUUUGUAGCAAAAGUUUUAGAAAAAAUGAACAGAUUUUAAGAGGCUAUAGAAAAUUAUAAUUUAGCAAUUGAGAAAAAUCCAGGAGAUUCAAGAUAUUACUACAACAAAGCUUUAAAUAAAAUUAACAGAUACGAAGAAACCUUAGAAAAUUAUGAUUAAGCAAUUUAGAAAAACCCUGAAAAUUCUAAUUAUUACAACAACAAAGCAAAUGUUUUAGAAAAAAUAAACAGAUUAGAAGAAGCUUUAGAAAACUAUAAUUUAGCAAUCUAGAAAAACCCUGAAAAUUCUCACUAUUACAACAACAAAGCUAAAGUUUUAGAAAAAAUGAACAGAUUAGAAGAAGCUUUGAAAAAUUAUAAUUUAGCAAUUCAGAAAUAAGGAGAAAAUUCUCACUAUUACAAUGACAAAGCUAGUGUUUUAGAAAAAAUGAACAGAUUAGAAGAGGCUUUGGAAAAUAUUGAUCUAGCAAUUAAUAUUUCUCCAGAAAAUUCUGACUCCUACAACAAUAAAGCUGCUAUUUUAAAUAAAAUGAAUAGAUUAGAAGAAGCUUUAGAAAAUUACAAUUUAGCAAUUUAAAAAAAUGAAUAAGAUUAGUAUUAUUACUACAACAAAGCUAACAAUCUAAAUAAAAUGAACAGAUUAGAAGAAGCUUUGGAAAAUUAUAAUACAGCAAUUUAUAAAAAUCCAGCAUAUGCUGACUUUUUUAACAACAAAGCUAGUAUUUUAGAUAAAAUGAAUAGAUUGCAAGAAGCUUUGGAAAUUUAUAAUUUAGUAAUUGAGAAAAACCCUGAAGAUCCAAGAGGUUACAACAAUAAAGCAAUGAUUUUAAAUAAAAUGAACAGAUUAGACGAAGCGUUGGAUAAUUUUAAUUUAGCCAUUUAGAAAAACCCAGAAGAUUAGAGAUAUUACUACAACAAAGCUAUUCUUUUAAAUCAAAUGAAUAGAUUAGAGGAGUCUUUGGAAUAUUAUGAUUCAGCCAUUUAAAAAAACCCAGAAAAUUCCUGA